GCGGUAGUGGUUGUAAGUGGAGAGAAAUGGCACAGUCCCAAAACAAAAGUUUUUGUAGUGUUCCCGGUUGCUCGUGUGGUGCUCAGAAACAGCCCUACCUUUCAUUUCAUUCUUUUCCAACUGAUCCGGACACAAGACAACGUUGGAUCCAGGCAAUUAGACGGGAUGAAGGUCCUAACUUCCGAAUAAGGAAAGGCAGCACGUACGUCUGUAGCAGACACUUCGUUGCAGAGGAUUUCAUUGAAGGAUCAGCAGUUAGCCGUCUGAAAAGUGGAGUUGUCCCUAGCCUCUUUGCCUGGAAUAACUUCACUCCAGCACUUAAAAGGGAGUCUCCCUUGGAAAGGGCUAAUAAAAGGCAACUUGUACCUUCCCAGCCGGAAAGCAGCAUUGAAGCUAAGUCUGCUAAAAAGGAUCACGAUUACGUCGCCCAUCCACCCACAGGUGCACUUGAUGAGGCACUUAAUUACAUUGAAGAUCUGGAGGCCCAGCUACAAAAGGCAGCUUUACCAUCGCCUAUGCUCUUCAGUCGUUUUUGUGCGUCAGAUGAUCAGAUCCGUUUUUACACAAAAUUUCCAUCAGACUGUGUAUUCAGGAUCUUCUGGGAAUCUAUUGCACCAUCCGCUUCUCGACUGGUGUACUGGACCAAAGCACAGAGGAUUGGAAACGAGAUCUGUCCUGAACCCAGCCCCCCACGCUCCAUGCCAUUAAUUGAUGAGUUCCUGAUGUACUCCUUUCGUGUUGCUGUUGGGAUGAAGGAGCAGCUCAUUGCUGACAUGUUUAAUGUGAGCAUUGCCACAGUCAGCAGAGUUACCAUAACCUGGGCUAACUAUCUUUUUAUUGUGCUCUCAUCAAUUAACAUGUGGAUCAGCAGGGAGAAAGUAAAUGCAAGCAUGCCACCCAAAUUCCAAAAAUACUCUCCAAAUGUUCGGGUCAUACUGGAUUGUACCGAGAUUGCUCUGGAGACAGCAUCAUCCCUCACCUUACAGUCCGAGAUGUUCUCCAAUUACAAAAACAGAACCACUCUGAAAGGGCUGAUUGGAGUCGCUCCCUGUGGUUUGGUGACAUUCAUCUCACCUCUGUACACUGGCUGCAUCUCUGACAAGGAAAUCACAAAAAUCUGUGGAAUCCUUCCUCUCCUGGAGCCAGGAGAUGAAGUCAUGGCAGAUAAAGGUUUCCUUAUUGAAGACCUACUUGGUGAGAUAGGAGCUAAACUCACCAUUCCACCUUUCCGGCAUCCUGGUCAGUUCAGCAAGGAGGAAACAGAAGAGACUCAAGCCAUUGCCCAUCUGCGGAUCAUUGUGGAGCGAGUGAUAGCUAGAGUUAAGAGUUUUCACAUAUGGGACUCCCCUGUGCCACUCACUCUUAUUGGAACUGUUAAUCAGAUCUGGCACAAUUGUUGUGUGCUGGUUAAUUAUCAAGGGCCAUUUUGCCUUGAAGAGUAAAACAUACCAAAUAAUUGUAAAUAGUUAAAUUCAAAGUUUUUUGUUGUCAUGUUUACUGUUGUUUUUUUUGACUGGUAAAUACUUCAGAUUUUCAGUUAAUGUUGUAAAUUAAAACCACUUGAACAAAAUGCCAAAUGUUUUAUUUCAUUUUUCUCCAUAUUAUGCGGCUAUCGGUAUACAUAUUUCAUAAAUGUAAAACGUUGGACUAUUAACAGUUGACCUGCUGUGACAUAUGAAACUUCAGUUCAGUCAAUUCAAGCACUGAAACUUUAAACAUUUUCCAAAAAAAAAA